AUGUCGCGACACUUGUAUUCUUCGAGUUCUGUGGCCGGAGAUGAUAGCAAACAGUGGUCUCAUCUCAUUGACAAGAAUUGCUCACAAAAUACACGAAUAAAUCGCAAAUUGAAUGAAAAGAGAGACAAAGAGUUGAUUGAAGAGAAGAUAAGAGGAGAACGAGAGCUGAAUCGAUAUGUGUUGACCACUGACCAUAAGUCUGCCAUUGAAUCUCAAGACAGACUAUCAGGUGAUGGCAGUAGUGACGGGACAAGUGUGAAGAAGUGGUCGACUGGUGGCUCACUGUCUGAACGCAAUGCUAUAAAUGCAAGACUUCUUAAAGCGGAACUCAUGGGAAACGAUGGACUCGUUUGUGAACUGAAAGCAAAACUCAAACAAUUGGAUGAAAGUGGAAGUGAUUGUGAAAGGGAUGUCACCGAACAGUCAACUGAGCGCUUGUAUUCUGUGGAGAAGAGGGCCAACGAAGAGUCGAUGUCUUUGAAGGAAAUGUAUUUGAGAGCAAAACAGUCGACCACUGAUGACGAGACUAAGAGAUACGUUGCGAGCACUUCGCGAGUGAGUCGUUAUCCCGAAGAGGAGUACGAAGACAUGCGGACGAAGAAUAAGAGACGAAAACACGAAUCCAUGCCUUAUAUGAGACACGAGAGUGAAGGCAAAGACAAUUGCAGACAAUGUGUGCACAAUAUAGAGAGACAACUGAUUGUAGUGAAUGGCGAGAAGACAUUGAUAUGUUUGACCCCUUUUGAGCCGUUUGUCUCCGGAUUUUGUCAUAUUUUAAGCAAAAGUCACUCAAAUAUGUCGACCAUUAGUGCAGAUGAGGAGUGUUUGCUUGAAAUGAAUGAACGAAAGCAUGAAAUCUGUAAAUACUUCGACAAACGCCACAAUAAGAGUGUUGUCUUUAUGGAGACUUAUAUGAAGAGAAGUCACACAAACAGACAUUUGACUGUUGAAUGCAUUCCUAUUAAAAGCAAAUAUGAAAGUGAAGCCAAAAUCUUCUUCAAAAAAGCUAUUAUGGAGUGCGAGAGUGAAUGGGCUCUCAAUAAACAACUCAUUGAAAUCAAAGACAAACCCAUCACUAGAUUGAUACCUAAAGGUCUGUCUUAUUUUUGGGUUACCUUCGGACCCAAAAAUAUAGGUUUCGCUCACGUUAUUGAAAACGAGGACUCAUUUUCACGACACUUUGGAAAAGAAGUGAUUGCCGGACUUCUAGACAUUGAACCAAACAAAUGGCUUAACUCUAAGAAUCAAAGUUACGAUCAACAGUUCCAACGAGUGGUUGACUUUAAAAAUAACUGGAAAAAAGCAUUUGCUUAGAUUUGAAUGAUUUACUAUAAUAAAAUAUUGAACACUACUGUGAGUUAUCAUUUAUUACAGUAUACCGGUAUACGGUCAUUAAUUUAAAAUUCUCAUGUUAUCAUUUACCGUAUAUAAUACCUCGGCACAACUAUUAUACAGUGGUUUUUCGGUUAUAUCUUUUGACUGGAUAAUCGCACAGUAAUCUAGUGAUCAUAUUCUUGUAGCCAGAUGAAUGGAC